GGGAAAUAAAACCAAGAAUGGCAAAAAACGACCAAAAUCUUGAGAAGAUGAAGGAUGAGAUCGAAGCCGAUGAGAUAGAAGAGUUUAAAAAGUUUAAGGUACACCAUUUGCUGAAUAAUAUCAACACUAUUAACUGGAUGAGGAAGAGAGCAUCAGAGAAAGCUCAAAUUCAGUACCUUAAUAAUUCAUCCCAGUUGGAAGAGCAUCAAGCUAUCGUUAGAGUGUUUGAGAAGUUUGACGAUGAUGGGAAUGGGACCCUUGAAGUUGAGGAGUUGAAGGAGAUGUUUGAUAAGAACCAUAUUGACAUCUCCGCAAACCAGCUUCUUACUCUGUUUUCUAUAGUAGACGAGGAUAAAUCUGGCGCUCUCGAUAUCAAUGAAUUUAAGGAAUUCGCUCUCUCUAUGGAAGCCAAUAAACACUUCAGGGAUAUUAUAAAAGAGCUCAGAUACAAGGAGACUUAUAAACACAUAGAAGAUCGAGCAAAGUUUCUCCCAUUUAAUUUUUCCACUCUUUUGAAUUUCUUAUCAGAUGAAGCGAUGAAAGACUCUCUUCGAGAGAAUAUCGAGCCGAAGGAUAUCCAGAAGGCAGGUGAAAAGAGUUAUUCCUCGAAUGAAGUCAAGGAAGACCUUAAGAGGUUCAUACAAUUAUUUAAGUCUGAGUACAGCAAUCAAGCUUCGACAGCUAGUGAUCCUUUGGGAAGACAGAUCAACACCGCAGUGGAACUAAGACAACAAAAGAACAUAUUAGAAAAAGAGCUGUCAAUGAGUCCCCAAAAACAAGACAAGGAUUCAAAGGCCUCAGUCACUGCGAUGGACUUGGCAAAACUCAAAAUUUCAGCUAUGAGGAGGUCAACUAUCCGCCGCCAAGGUAGCACCUUCGACCUUGAUAAGAUAAAGAACAAGGUGACUGAUGAGGUCGUGGAAGAUUCUGAUGAAUUAAUGACUUCCUCUUUCGACACUGAUAGCAUAGGAAGUGAUGGCUCUGUACACAUAAAGAUCCCAAAGAAAAUCACUACUCUAGAAAACAGCUAUGAGAAAGCAGAGAAAGAGAAAUUACAAAAGAAAACACAUAAGGAAAUCCAGCAGAUUAUUAAGAAGGCGAAGAAGGAAGCCAGAGCUAGUGAAAUGUACUACAAGGAAAAAUAUGGCAAGCCAGAGAAGCUCUGUGGCAGAAGAAGCAUGAAGGACUCCACUGAUUUUAUGAAGAAGCAUAAGUUUGUGAUGAAGAAUAAACCUAAGCUAAGGAAAGUCUUUUAUAAGCAAAAUAAGAACAGACAAAAUUUGAGAUUAAAGAAUCAGACUGAGACUAAUCUGAUGAAGCCUACUUUCAAUACAGCAACCAACUUCUUUAGUAAUCCAACUCCGAAUUCUAUCAAUUUUCAACGAUUUCCAUUAAAAAUUCAGGAAGAUGAAACUGAGACGAAAAGCUUAAGGCCUCAGCUUCAUAGACAGAGUGCUCAAAGUACUGCAAUUUCUCCUUCUCAAAAAGAGCGAAAUAGAAUUCCAACAGCUAGCACAGAGAUGUCAAAUUGCAAACCUCAUCAUUUCAGGAAUGUGCAAUCAGUUUCUUCUAUCAAGGAUUCUUCUAGAAAAUCUGCUCCAAAGCUGAGAUCUACAGUUGGGACUCCAUACCAAGUCUACAGAUUAUCUAAGAAGACCAAGAAGAGGCCUGUCUUUGUGAAUCAAUUAAUCCCUAGUAAGAAUAAAAUCCUGGCUUCGAGAAACUCAGCCACUCUUGGUAAUGUAAGAGGCUCAAUGAAAGUGCUACGCCCAAGCCCUAAUACAGAGUGUGCCAACAUGAACUUGGACCACCGGAAAAAGUUUAUUCACCUGCUCGGAGACAUCGACCCCACUCUGAAGAAAAAGACUCUUCUGAAUUUCAAGAAGAUGAGUCACUUGAGGAUAGAUGCAUCAGCUUCAACUUUGAGGAGAGGGAAACUUUCCAAAAAUUUAAGCACUUUAGGUAUGAAACAACAGCCAGAGUUUUCUUAAUUUAGUACCUUCUAUUAGCCUAUA